AUGGAAUUUCGGCGAUUUGUUGGGCAAGCGAAGACCAAAUCCGCUAGUUUGCAGAUGCGCAAUUGAAACUGCCACAACUUUGUCAUUUACUUCUAAAAACAGUCAAAUUUAAACGAAAAGUGAGUAAAGCGGGAUUUGAAAAAUCAAGAAGGUUAUUUGAAAAAUGUGUUAAAUACAGAUGCUAAUAUACACAACACCCGAAGUUUUAAUACUAGAAGAACAAGGAGAACGGCUGCAUUUUAGUCGAAAAGACGGAUCUGUGUACAAACCGGAAGAAUCGUUAGCAGGUGAAAACAUGAAUGAAUUCUGAAAGACCAACAUUUUUUCCAGUUCUGAAUGAAGAAGUUGCGGAGGCUGGCGAAGUAGAAUUCCUUGUUGGAGCUUUUCAAAUCGAAGAAAACACUUUUUUGUUCUUUGUCACUGAUAGUUCGGUCGCCGCGCAUUAUAGAGGAACGUCUGGGAGUGUGAGCCUAAAACAAUCAUUUUUGAGUAUAAGAAUAACAAAAAAAAGUUUCAGACAAGUCAUGCAAUUCGAAAAAUCGAACGAGUCAUCGCCGUCAAUGUGAAAUCCGAUUUGGGAACGAUCAGAUCACAAAUACAGCCGCCGAGUACAAAAUUGAAGCAGGGGACUGAGAAAUUGAUGAAAUUUUUCACUGAUAAAAUUAGCAAAGGUACCAAGAUUCCGUUUUUUUGUUUGUUUUUCUCAACAAGAAUCUUCAGAUUCCCGUCCGGCGCUUCUGGAAGACGUUCUGAAAUUGUUCAAUGAUUCGAAAGAUUUCUAUUUCUGUCGGGACCGAAAUGUGACCAUUUCCUCGCAGAAAUUCUUCUCAAAACAGUCCAACACGUCGGAAGACUCAUUUUUCUGGAAUAAAAAGAUGUUGGUGGCACUCAAUUACAAGGGAGACGUCGAAAAAUUCACCUGUGCCGUCAUGCAGGGAUUUGUGGCGACGAGCCAGUUGGAAAUCACUGACCAGGUUAUUUUUCUGAGUUUCUGACUAUAAAACAACUAUUUUCCCAGAUAAACGCAUUCCUGACGAUCACAAUAAUCUCUCGACGAUCCACGAAUCGAGCGGGCGCCCGGUACCUCCGACGCGGCAUUGACGAGCUCUCAAACGUGGCGAACUUUGUGGAAACCGAACUGAUUCUCAACAUUUUCGAGCACGAGCUCAGUUUUGUGCAAUGCCGCGGCUCGAUUCCAGUGUUUUGGUCGCAACGCGGCUACAAAUACCGACCGCCGCUGCUCAUCAAUCGAUCGAUCGACGAGACGCAUCCGGUGUUCGAGGAGCACAUUCGACGGCUCAAAGCGCACUACGACACUCCGUUGGUGGCUGUCAGUCUAGUGGAUCAGCGGGGAAGAGAACUUCCGUUGGCUCAGCGCUUUUUGGAGCAUUGUAUCAAGGCGAACGACCCGGAUUUCACAUUCAUCUCGUUUGAUCUGCAUCAUCAUUGCCGAGGACUAAACUUUCAGAAAGUAGGACAAUUUUUUAAAGGAUUUGAAAAAAUGUCAUUUUUCAGUUGCAAACCCUGAUAACCGGAAUGGAGAGCACGCUCAAAUCGAUCGGUUUCUGUUGGGUCGACAAGACGGGCGAAGUGGUGCAACGGCAGAAAGGAGUCAUCCGAACGAACUGCAUCGAUUGUCUGGACCGCACGAAUCUCGUACAGGGCCAGAUUUCGCUGCACGUCGUUCUGCAACAAGCGCAGCGGCUUGGGAUCUUCGGGCCGCUUUGCGAACCGCCCGAGGCGCUCGUCCAGACACUGCAGACGAUGUGGGCGGACAACGGCGACGUCAUUUCGACGCAGUACGCGGGAACGGCGGCGCUGAAAGGCGACGUGACACGGAACGGAGAGCGCAAACUGGCGGGAAUCAUGAAGGACGGCUACAACAGUGCGUCGAGAUAUUACCUGACGCACACGAAAGAUGCUCAGAGACAGAAAGCGAUCAAUCUGGUAACCGGACAGGUGGAAGCGGAGCCAGGGCAGAUGGAGGAUGAGAAUGAGAAGGAAGAAGAGGAGAAUAUCAGUCGGAUGGUCACCGAAACCGUUCAGUUCCUGGUGCCCACUCAACAGACCGUCAUCGGCGGAUGGGGACUCAUUAAUGCGUGUCAGAAUAGUGAUGAGAUUGAUACUGUCGUAAUUUUAACAAGGUACCAUUCGCAGAACUGUCCUAUUUUACCCUGAUCGAUUUCAGAAAUAACCUGUACAUUGUGACGUAUGAAAUAGACGGAGAAAAGAUGAACGACGUGCAAAUUGUCGCCCUGGAGGACAUCAUCUCGAUUCAAGUCGGCUCCGUCGGCAACAAUCGGCAGUGUGCCCGAAUUGAAACGCUCGAAGGGCUCUUCAUUUGGAGGCCGUCCACAGUUCGCCUGUUCAACAACGCAGCGCUGAGAUUGAAAUCUCUGGAAGAAGCUAACGAGUAUAUUGCAUCGGUGGCCGAACAGAUUCAGGUCGGAAGGAAUAUGCUCCUGGAUGUCGAGGGAUCCGUUGCUCAGGUGGCUAGGAUCCAGAUUCCACAAAUUGGAGUUCAUCGAAAGAGCCUGGCAGCGAUGGGAGCCCUUCUCGGAAAAAUCAAAAAGGUGAAAAAGACGGCUGCGAGUUUGCCAAAAAGUGCAUCUUCUUCAUCAGCUGCUAGUGCUCCGCCGCCUGAAACUGAUGGAAAUGAGUCGGACGCGUCCGAGAAGAGCGAUCACCUGA